AUGAUCAACUCUACACAGGUUUCAUAUUUCAAACUUGCUGCCUACUUUGACACCGGGGUUUUCAAGUAUUUAUAUUUCAUGAUUGUUAUGUCUUUAUAUAUGGUAAUAGUUUGUGCUAAUGUUUUGCUGAUUGUGGUUAUCUGUAUGAACAGAAGCUUACAUGAACCUAUGUACCUUUUUCUGUGCAGCCUGUUUGUAAAUGAACUGUUUGGUAGUACAGGGUUGUUUCCAUUCCUUCUGGUUCAGAUCCUCUCUGACAUUCACACUGUUUCUGCUUCUCUUUGUUUCCUGCAGAUUUUUUCAGUGCAUUUCUAUGGACAUGUAGAAUUUUUUACCUUAGGAGUCAUGUCUUAUGACAGAUACCUUGCUAUCUGUUAUCCUCUGCAUUAUAACACUCGUAUGACAUCUAACAAGGUUGCCGUGCUUAUUGCGUCCGUAUGGUUAUACAGUGUACUUUGCAUUGUUGUCAUGAUGUCUCUGAGUGUCCCCUUACAGCUGUGUGGGAACACAAUUCAAAAAGUGUACUGUGACAACUACUCAAUCGUUAAACUGGCAUGCUUCGACACAACCGUCAAUAACAUAUAUGGACUUGUGUAUAUCUUUACAGUAAUAUUUGCUCUUAUAAUUCUCAUUCUUUACUCCUACAUGAGGAUCCUUAAAGUGUGUUUUUCUGGUUCUAAACAGACCAGACAGAAAGCUGUCAGUACCUGCACACCUCACCUUCUUUCCCUGCUCAACUUUUCUUUUGGGUCUUUCUUUGAACUAGUACAAGGCAGAUUUAAUAUGAACAGUUUACCCAUCAUGUUACGCAUUUUUCUGUCAUUGUACUGGCUUACCUGCCAGCCGCUCUUCAAUCCUGUAAUGUACGGACUGAAAAUGUCCAAAAUCCGUAACGAGUGGAGUCUGGUGUGCAGGAGUCAGGGUUCCAGCUGCCUCUCAUCUACCACAAUCAACCUCUGCUUCAUACCGGGUCAUUCCUCCACUCUGCGUCAGAUCAUAGACAAUACUGCCACAGGUAGUCUGUUUAGUCUACUUGUAUAUCUGCCAGUCCUGAUCCCUUCUUUUGUGCCUCAGCUACCAUUAGAACCUGACUCCUGGUACUGCUUCACUCCUGCCAUCCACCGGACCAGAACCACCACCACUGGACCCCACUGCUAG